AUCCUUCGAGAAAGACUUCCACCAUCGUGUACACACCUCCGUCGCUGUUCUUGCCCGCACAACCGAGUUCUUGCAGCUCGAAGUGGUUAACUGACCCUCUGUGUUAUCAUUUCGUUUCCCCAGCCUGGAGAGAAAAGAGAUGAAGUACCUCGCUCUUCUCGUUCUUGUCGUCGUUGCGUUAACGUCGGUGGAGGCUGGUCGAGGUCGUGGUGGUCGCGGUGGUCGAGGUGGACAAGAAGGGCGUCGCGGUCAUGGAGGUCAUCACGGCGGCUGUCACAGAUGGACUCGAGACAAUCCCCGAGGCGAAUACUUCUUAUGGACUGUGUCAAGUACCCAAGAAAAUGGACUUCUGCGAACAGAGGAAGUGGAGGCUUUUGCCCCAGCUGGCAACAACACCGUGUACAAGUGGUCCAGACUUCGCGGUAACAGACCGAUGGGCCAAGGACCCAUCAAGAUUCUCUACGACUACUCCGUGUCUCCUCCAAUCGUGGCCUAUGGCGUCUUCGCUCGUAGGAGAUCUUUGUGCGUUAUCCUAACACCCGACGUGGACACCUACGAUGACCUGCUGUCGUCACUGCGGGGUCUGAAUCUAUCCAACGUUCAGCUCGCGGAUAAUAAUGACGAUGUGAGAGUCAACGUCGCAGCCGUGGAGAUGAGUAACACUUCCGGUGUGUCAGCAGCUGCCAGAAGCAUGUGCCAGGGUUAUUGUGGGAGCCGUGACGUCACUUACUACUCAGUGGAAGCUGUGUCCCCAGAUGAUGACGACGACGAUGAUGACGACGCACCGACACCCCUCCUGCGCCUGUGGUUAUUCGAACUGGGUAGAGGAGCCCGGUCGCCGUCAGCGGCCUUCCGGAACUGCUCGAGUUCCGACGCGAGUCACGCCGGAUGUUCCGCCAGCAGCGCCGCGAGCAGGCCGCUGCAGAUCGUCGGACCAGGGGCCAGGGAAGACAAGAUAGACGACAAGGCAGAUUUCAGUGGAGAGAGUGAAACAAAGGCUUGCAGCUGCACAGAUGAAGAGGCGAGAGAGCUGCCAACAGGGUUUCAACAUUCAUUCACCUGAGUUUUUGUAACUUUCACCCUAACGUGUCAAACGUAGAUUGCAUUCUUGAUAAAAGAUCGCGGUUUCUGAGUGUUAUGGAGGCCUGCAAGACUGAUUGAAACCGUGCCUCAACUCUGCCUAGCACAACAACAAAACAUUUUUUUACUCAUGCGAAACCAUCUUGCAUAUUCUUUCAGAAUAGAUAACGAAGUUAAAGAAAAAUAAGAGGAAAAAUAUUUGGUAAAAAAAAAAAAGCUCAAAGAGACGAGGCAAAAAAGAAACAAAGCAUUUUGAGUCACUAAAAAAAAAAAAAAUAAAUAGAAAUAAGAAAACAUAUAUUGCAAUAAGAUUUUUUUUCCUGUCUACCCAUCUCUUCCUUUCCUUCCCUCUUUCUUAUCAACAUUUUUCUUUCUUGGUUUUGUUAUCGCUGCCUUUUAUAAAGUCAUCUAUGUCUAUCCCAACACUAUAAAUGAAUUAAAUUUAUAUUUAUAAAGUAUAUUUCUGUAAUAUAAACAUUUACAAAAAGUAAAA